GGGAGAUUCAUUUACGGAACAAUUCAUUUGAACCAAGCGAUUUCUAGAUCAAAAGUUGCAGAUAUAUUUGUAAAUGUCUAAGAGUCUCUCUUAGCUUAUCACGAAAACUAAAAUGCACAAUAAUUUAUCAAAUGACGAAGAUGAUCAAGAAGAUUUUGACUUAUCAAAUUUUAAAGUUGACUGGUUGGUUGUUGUAUAUUGUUAAAUAAUAAUAAUAAAUUCCUUUUCUUUUUUAAAUGCUCUACUCUACACUACACUACUAGACACUACUCUAACUUAAACUUAAAUAAAGUUAGUCUAAACUCUAAGUUAAGUAGUUAAGUCUAAGAAUCUAACUAAAGUGCAGCGACAAUUUUUUUUCCAAGCGCUAAUAGUACUAGUACUACUAUGCUACUGGUAAAUUAAUAAAAAAAUUAGUUAGUAGCCUCUGCCCUUAUGCCUUAUAAAAAGCAUAACUAAGCUGAUUUUGCUGAAGGUGAUUGGUGAGAGAUCCAAAUCAAAUCACUUUUCACUGUAGAUAGGGCCUACUUUUUGAGUCACAGACAGCUAGUCUCGUUCUAGGUCUAGAGACUAGAGUAGGACAGAGUAAAUCAAAGUAUUCAAAGUGAAUAUUUUCAGAAUAGUGCAGGUUCUUUCAGUCUUAUAGUUAUAGUAGGCCUGCCUCAACUAGUGUCAACUAGUACUACGAGUAUAGUUUCUCCAGGGAGGAAAAAAAAAGAUAGUAUCAUUAUCAUACUCAUACCCAUUGACAGAUUGAAUGGAGCGUGAACAAGAAGACACAUCCUAUAAUUUAGCUGGUAUAAUAAUAGUAUAAUGAUAAUCUUAAUAAGAUUCUUAUAAUAUAAUACCGGGUAUAGACUAGGCCUAUAAUUUCCAGUGGAUAUUGUGUCCACCUUGAUGCACACUGUGAUGCACUUUCAUUUUUCUUCUUUUUUUUUUGAUGCUUUCCCAUCCUAUAGGCCUACACCAAAUGCAAACAAAAGAACACAUGUGACAUUCUCCUAUAACAUCAACAUCCUUCUUUAUUUACAUGCAAAAUCAAAAAGUAUUUGAUGAACUCCUUUGUUUUAUAAUUUAUAGAGUCAAUACAGCUAAGCAUUGACUUGGUGGAUAUAUAGAGGGCCUUGGGGAAUUAUUAUUAUAGAUUAAUUAUGCACCUCUUCCUGUAAUUUGCAUUUAUUUUAUUUUGCACCAGCUAGUAGGCCUAUAGUAUAAGUGUAAUCACUUAAUUAUUAAAGUAAAAGGUAAAUUUAAAGAAGAGAUGCCAUGGUUUUUUUUCCAAUGGCCGUCAUCUUGGUUGACAAGACCAGUUAAUUCUGUCACUAAAUCUAAGUAAAUGUAUCCCUAAACCUAACCUGAACCCUAAAUGUAUCCCUAAACCUAACCUGAACCCUAAGCCUAAAUGUAUCCCUAAACCUAACCUGAACCCCAAUUCAGUAAACACGCAAAAGACGCCAUGGCAUUCGUUCUUAAUUUUAGCCAUGUAAAGGUAUUACCAGUUUAGAUGGAGGUGUUCAAUUUAUUAACUGUGUUUUUAAAGAACACUUAUGUCACUCCUGCCAUCAUGCAUACAUAGCAAGAUAAUUCCUUUCUUCUUAUCAAACAUCUGGACUUGAAGAAAUAGAAGACUGAAAGCCAACAUGGAGAUCAUUGUAUAUCUGUUAAAAUUUGCCAGUGCCAGCAUACCUUACACUUACUUAUCAAUUGCAACUAUUCUCAACUGGAAUAUCUCUAUAAUAUCUAUGACGCUGGAUGAUAGACCAUGCUAGUAGCCUCUGACACAUUCUCACUAUUAUCUGCAAUGCCUGCGAUAGAUCUGCUGACCCUUUCAUAUUUAUGCAGUGUCAUGAAAAACAAUGAUUCAUCAAGAGCAAGAUUUCCACCCUCCCCUGUUCCAUUCAUUCUUCCCUCGGACAAUCUCUGAGUGGAACAAUCUCCCACUGGCCACAACAUCCAAUCUCUGAGUGAAACAAUCACCCUCUGGCCACCGCAUCCUCCCUCUCCCUCGAGUCAUUCAAGUGUCACAGCUCUGUGGCAGCAGCCCCUGGAGUCACUCUUCCCCCCCCCCCUGCGCAACCCCUAAGCACCCUAUAUCUUUUAUAUAGUUUUAACUUUAACAUCCAAUCUCUGAGUGAAACAAUCACCCUCCGGCCCCCGCAUCCCCCCUCCCCCUCGAGUCAUUCAAGUGUCACAGCUCUGUGGCAGCAGCCCCUGGAGUCACUCUUCCCCCCCCCCCCUGCGCAACCCCUAAGCACCCUAUAUCUUUUAUAUAGUUUUAACUUUUAACUCCACCACUUAGCCAAGAUUACCUCCUCCCUCCAGCCCCACCUCCCCCACCCCAAGCUAUGGCUUUUUAACCUUUAUACAGUGUAUGGACAUCACGAUUGGACCUUACCUAAUUCUGUGACUCCCCUAUCCACAUUUUGACAUAAAUUCUCUCAACUGUCAAUGUCACUACACCCAUUUUCUCCUCCUCAGUGGCGGCCUUUAACUUUAUCAGAGGCCAUUUUUCAGACCACGCAUACCUGUACUUAUUUUCUCAGUGAUCGAAGUUGAAAAAUAAAAUAAUUUUUAUUGUUGUAUAAAAGAAUAAAGUUAAAAAUGUAUGUAAUUUGGGGUUAUUAAGUGCAAUUCUUUACUAUAAUAUUCUGCUUUUCGUGUGACGUCACAUUGCUUAAUUCCCCCCCCCCCCCCCCCCACAUACACAUGAUGUCAUUUAUGGAUGGACCCAUAGUUAAAAAUAAUAGGCUUAAAUUUAAAUCCUUAUUUUAAUUUGUUUAAAAGUAAAAGUUAAGUAUAGGAAAGAAAUUUACAAUAAAGUGAAAGAUAUUUUGUUAAUAACAAAGUUUCCUGUUCCUGUCCAACAUCCCCCCAAUUAAAACAUACAUACAUUUCCUAUCUCAGAGACUAAAUGUCCUCCUAUAAUCUUCUAAUGGUUCCCCUGUGGAGUGUAAGCCCAAAUGAGAGAAAAAAGGCACCCAUAAGAAAAUAUGGGAGUGGCAAUUAAGCACAGCAAAAGUGCUCCCCAUAAGUAUCAGAUAUAUGUGACACAAGAGCCCAAUCACACAGAUGUCAACAACCAAGACCUAGUGGCACAGAUUGGGUCCUAGGUGUCCAGUAUGCCACAUUGAGUUUUUGGAUAUUACUUAAAGCAUUGAAAAGUUAUAGGGCAGGAAUGGGUCUGUGAUUUUUUUUGUUUACAGUAGGGUGAGAUGCUUUUAAGCCCCCAAGGCCAUGUACCUAUUAGUCCACUUUCUAAGAUACAUUUUUUUAAAAUAAUGUUAAAAUCAAAUAAAACUUAAGAGAGGUUAAAUAAAAGUAUUGUGGGAGACCUCAUAUUACAAGAGAUGUAUUUACUCAGGAAUAAAAAGGUAUUGAAAGAGAUGUAGAAUUUGAGGAAAUUAAAAAUUUAUGUUACUAAUUACCAUACCAGUAUUAAAAAAUUAUACAUAAUGAAAGCUUUUACUUAGUUUUUCCCUAUUUACUUGUUUAUACUUUGACUAAGGCUUAUGAUUAUUCACAGGUUGGAUCUACAGUUUGCUGGGUCUCAACAAAAGUUAGGGAUCUGUGGUCUUCCAGGUAGCCAGAUAAUUUUUCAACCCCAGAUUAUGAAAUUUUAUUAAAACUAAAAUUAAAAAAAUGAUUGUUACUUUUCCAAUUUUCAACUAAUGGUGGCCCAAACUGUCACUGUGUGGGUAUAAUGAAAUUUAGAUUUAUCAACCUUUAUAUAAACUUUAUUUAUAAAUUUGUAUUAAUUCAAUAUAAUUUUCACUUAUACAUUAACAAAGGAUUAUUUCUCUGGCAGGAUGUCGUUUUAAAGACAGAUGGAGAAGUCUAGUCCAUGAUAUCGGUAUGUUGAUAAAACUAAAAUUAAGUAACAUAUGAAGUUAUUUCAUAAGACUGUUCUUUUGGAGGAGAAAAAUAAUAAUAUUUUAAAUUUAACAGAGUGCUUGAAACAAGAAGGUGUGCAAGAUGUCUUCUGUCUCUGCACAAAGGGAGAAUUUUAUUUAUAUAGAACUCAAGAUAUUCUAGAGAAAGUAAGUGUGGAUUUUAAUUAUUGUAAAUAUUGUCCAUUUAUUUUUUUUAAAUGAUAGUUGACAAGUUGUGGACAGUGCCAACAAUUAUAAACUACUAGAUAUAGCACGCCAAACAUUGGCAACAGCAAUGCGUGAACUUCCCAUCUAGUAAAGUUACUUGACAAAACAUGAACUCAAGUAACACACAUUUAAUAUGAUUUAAGAAUCCCAAUAUUUGCUACACCCCUUCCCCCAUGAUACGUCACUGCACACUUUUUAUUUCACGCCCAUGAACUAUAUUAAUAUUCUCAUGUCCCAACCACUUUUAAACCCAAUAUUUUUUACACAAUACUUAAUUUGAGACCAUGUCAUUUUCGAAAAGAAAAUAUUGCGCACCAAACGCAAUUGCGUUAUUAAAAAAUAUAUACAUGUCAUUUGGCAUAGUUAUCUGGAAUUAUAUUUUGCGCGCAAGUGACCUCAUUAUUGAACCACACUCUGCCGUAUCUAUAAAUAGCCUGCGUCUUGUUUGACCUUUGCUGGCGAAUUAUAUAUAUAGAUUGUGGUAGUGUAUCCUCUGUUGUUAGAACCUGAACUUUAUUUCAGUCUUUUGUGUUUGUCAUGUUAAUAUGUCAGCAUAAUUUCAAACAUUGUAAUGAUAGCUAAAAUGUAUACAUUUCAGUAUUGUGAUGCUGGUUUUACAGUUCACCACUAUCCAAUAGAUGAUGGGCAGAUUCCUGCAUUUGUAGAUUUAAUUAAGAUCAUUGAAGACUUACAAGCUACUGUUUCUGCUGGCAAGAGGACUAUAAUUCAGUAAUUGUAUUUUUAAAUAAAACUUUUAAAACAUAUUUUCAUAUUCAGCUAUGGUGGAUUUUUACAAACAUGAAAUGGAUCAAUAUUAGUUGUUUAUGUAGUAUAAUUUAAUAUUUUUAAUCUUAACCAAACCGGUCACAAUAUUUUGGUUGUUUUUCAGUUGUUUUGGUGGUCUUGGCAGGUCAUGUGUUGGUGAGUUAAUAAGUAACAUUAUUAUUAUUUACUACUAAUACAGAACAUUUUUUUAAAAAAAAUGUACAUGCAUUCUUGCCACUGUAAUUAACUUUUGCAUACUUAUUCCUCAAAUAAAUUCAGUUGCAGCAUGUUUAAUGAUGGUAAUGAAUGAUAGUCUUGCCCAUGAUGAUGUAGCCCGAAAACUGAAGGAGUUAAGAGGCAAUGGUGCCAUACAAUCAAUUAAAGUAAGUAUUUAUAUUAAAAUGAAGGGAGUUAAUUAGUGUAGUGACCAUCAACAUUUUAGAUUUAGGAUAUCAACCGUCUGUUAUGCUGCAUUAAUCAACUUUUGCUUGUAAAUGAAAAAUAUUUUUGUUUUAGCAAUAUAACCUGGUGACUGAGUUUCGUGACUUGCUAAUCAAACACAAAGAGAAUGCGGAUGCUGAAAGACAAAACUUAUCUAGAUGAAACAGAUUUUUAAGCCUUAAAUAUCACAUGCAUUUAGUUGUUUAAGCAAUAAACUUUAUCUUGUUUGAAAA